GCUCGGUUGGGGAUUUUAGUCUAUUUGUUAGUUAUACCCGACUCCAACCGCCUCCCCAGUGGUCCUAGCUGCUCCUAAAAUACUGCGGCGGCGCCGUUGUUUUUCUAUUCUUUCUCCUUAUGAUCCUUUUUGCGACUCAUCCAUCCCUAUCGACAACAUGACCGUACACAGAGAAGCCGAGUUGGCUGCCAUUCAGAAUGGCCCCAACUAUGAUGACCAUUAUGCCGAUGUGGAGAAGAAGGAAUACAGUGAGGAUGUGCCAGCAAACGAUCCAUUCGGUAACGAGGAAGAAGGAGAAGUCAAGUAUCGUGUUAUGGGUUGGUGGCAAUGUGGAAUGUUGAUGAUCGCGGAGAAUAUGUCCCUAGGCAUUCUAUCGCUUCCGUCCGCAAUGGCAACACUAGGACUUGUCCCAGGAGUGAUUAUUCUUGUCGGAAUGUCCGGCGUAUCAUGGUACACAGGUUAUGUUAUCGGACAGUUUAAGCUUCGCUUCCCUCAAACGCACAGCAUGGGUGACGCCGGAGAGCUUAUUUUGGGACGUUUUGGACGGGAAAUGAUGGGUAUUGGCCAACUGCUCCUCUUGAUCUUCCUGAUGGCUAGCCAUAUCCUUACGUUCUCGGUGCUAUUCAAUACCAUCACCGGUCACGGAACCUGCACCAUUGUCUUCGCUGUCAUUGGAAUGGUCGUCAGCUUCAUCGGCGCCCUUCCACGUACCAUGAACAAGGUGUACUAUAUGUCCAUUGUCUCUUGCAUUAGUAUCAUCGCAGCGACCUUUAUCACCAUGAUUUCCAUCGGAGUCCAGGCCCCUGAUCAUGUCCAGGUCGAUGCGACCAGGGACGUUAGUUUCCAGGAUGCAUUUUUGGCUGUGUGCAACAUUAUCUUUGCCUAUAUCACUCACGUUGCCUUCUUCGGACUCAUCUCGGAAAUGAGAGACCCUCGGGAAUUCCCCAAGUCGUUGACCAUGCUUCAAGUGGUGGACACGUCCAUGUACGUCGUCACAGCGAUCGUCGCCUAUCGUUAUGCCGGCCCAGAUAUCGCAUCCCCCGCCCUUUCGUCUGCAGGACCUGUCAUGAAGAAGGUUGCUUACGGCAUUGCGAUGCCCACUGUUGUCAUUGCCGGUGUUAUCUACGGCCACGUUGCCUGCAAAUACAUUUAUGUUCGCGUUUUCCGUGGCUCUGACCACAUGCACCAGAAGAGCAUGCUUGCUGUUGGAACCUGGGUUGGCAUUGCGCUCGCCCUGUGGGUGAUCGCAUGGGUCAUUGCUGAGUCCAUUCCCGUCUUCAACGACCUUCUGAGUUUGAUUAGUGCCCUUUUCGGUAGUUGGUUCAGUUAUGGAUUCCCCGCCAUUUUCUGGUUGGUCAUGAACAAGGGAGUCUGGUUCUCUUCUCCCCGGAAGAUCCUCCUGACCAUCGUCAACCUGAUCAUCCUCGGCAUUGCCUGCGCCAUUUGCGGUUUGGGACUCUACGUCUCGGGUAAAUCGAUCCACGAGAACUCCUCUUCUGCUAGCUGGACCUGUGCCAACAACGCCGUCUAAUUCUCUCUUUUACGGCACCGUCCACCCACAACAAUACACACGUACCGUGUCGAUGACUUCCUACGAGAAGAUCUUGGGAUGGGCUCGUUAGAAACAGCCAUUUCGAUUAUAGCGGGCCUAUAGUUUUUGGGACUCGGCCAUCGCCCAGUCACCAGAUUCAAGGCUGUUCUAAUGGUUACUAUAUAUAUUAGCAUCUUGAUCGGCAUCUUAGAAAGCGUCAAGGGAUCUGUACUGUACAUAGAAUAUCUAGAGAGCUUCACUUUUUUGCAUGUGACAUGAAGUCAAAUGAACAUAAAUUCUUUGCAUUCAA